AUGCAGGUUAUUGUUACAAAACGGCCGGUGGAUCCAGAAAAUGACGGUUGGUCGGAUAUGCCAUCAACUUAUCAAAUUCAUGUAGAGCCAAUUGCAACAUCUGGUACGAAAAGGCCGCGUCUUUCCAGUGAUUUAACGUUCUUAUCUGAUUACGAAAUUCCACCAGAUUAUGCUUGGGAAGUGAGCAGAUCCAGACUACAUUUUGUGGAAAUGUUAGGCGAAGGAGCGUUUGGAGAGGUGUGGAAAGCGAUUCUUAAAAUGCCGGUACCACAAGCUGCUGCUGCUGCAAGCCAAGGCGAUGUUCAUGGGGAGGAGAUGCAGGUGGCUGUUAAAAAACUGAAGGCCUCUGCACACGAGAAAGAACUGAUUGAUUUGGUUAGUGAAAUGGAAACCUUCAAAAUAAUUGGCCAUCACGAAAAUCUGCUGCGUCUCAUCGGGUGUUGCACGGGUACCGGACCUCUAUACGUUAUUGUUGAGCUUUGCAAGCAUGGCAAUCUAAGGGAUUUCUUGAGGGCUCAUCGCCCUCGAGAUGUCGACAACGGCUCGCAAGCAGCAGAAGCUCCAAGCGACGAUGUCAAUACUGCUGCUAAUAGCGACCAUUACUUAGAGCCGCUUUGCAUGGCAAGUCGCGAAAGGAAUGGAAUUUAUGGCCAGUCGAAAAGUACGGGUAUUACUUAUCAGUUAUUUUUUUCCGAGAAUGUGAGCCCCUACUGCGUCUACAGUCUCUACGAAGAGCGUCAAUAA